AUGAUCGCUGCUGCCAAACAAUCAAGUCCUAAUGGCUUUAGUCUCUUUCCUCAAAACAAAAGGACUCAUUACCCAGGGUUGUCACAACAUCAUCAAGCUCCACUUCCACCGCCACCAUCUUUUACCCCCAAACAGUUUGAACAGGAGCUUUAUUCUUCCCACAUGUACUCAUCAGAAAUUUCCACUCACGAGAAACAAGUAUCUGAAUAUGACAUGGACAUUUAUGAAACAAUGCUUGAACAGAUUGAACAAACCAAACCAAAUGUCAGUCUAUAUAAACAACAACCAUAUCUUACCCCAGCUAUACGGGUUAAACUUGUUGAAUUCUUGCUCAAAAUGUCGGUACGCUUGAAGAUCCUUCCAUUUGUGUUUUACAAAGCAGUACGAUUGUUUGACAGAUAUUGCUGUAAGCGCAUUGUGUUGUUAGACCAAUCACAGUUGAUCAUCACAACAUGCUUAUGGAUUGCUAGCAAGAUCAACGGUGGCAAUAACCAUUUCGUCAAUUUGAACAACUUGAACAAAUGUGCUGAUGGGUUUAGAGUCAUUGGUGAUUUAGGUUAUGGAAGUGGUGGUAAAUUUAUCGGUCCAACUGAGCGGUUUAGAUUACCCAAAUUACAUGAAUUGGUCAAGUUAUGCGGGGCUAAAUGUAAAUAUGAUGUCGGAAUGUUUAAGCAAAUGGAACUACACAUUAUGACCACAUUAGAUUGGAGUUUAUGCGAUCCACUGAUUGAGGAGUUCAUUGUCAAGAGCAAUGAAUUUUGCACUUGUCAAGUACAAGGAGCAAGUGAAGGAGAUAUUAGCACUGGAGAGAUGUUUAAAGUCAAGGAGUACUUGAGCUACAUUUCCUUAUACUCAUUUGAUUUGGUAGAUGUGAGCAUGAUUGAAGUUGGUCAAGUUAUAUCCGAUUUAAUCAAUGAUGUAUUUCGAAUCGAUUUCAGUUGCACCGAUUAUCAAAUUGUGCAAACUCCAACCACCUUAUCUUCGAGGUCUAGUUAUUCAUUAGCACGCAUCAACAUAGAAAUGGAGCAUUAUAAGAUGAUCAAAAAGUGUUUGAUCAAAUCCAUUUUAAACACUUCAGAGUAUAUGUUGAGUUUAUUUGACACCAGUGGUCCACAAUACAUGUACCGUGCAGUGGUGAAUGGCUGGGCACCAAUUUGCAAUAGAGCAACAACCACGCGUGUUUAUCAAGAUUACACUGCAAUGAGAUCGGGUUCAUUUUCGUCAAGUGAACUGUUUUCAGCUCCAUCUCCUACUGGUUCGGCAUGCUCGACAAAUUCAGCAGGAGGUGCAAUGAACAUUGCCGUUACGCCUCCAAUUCCUUUUAUGUCAGCACCGGCCAAUGCAGUGGUGAAUCAACAAGGCAACUUUUCCACACCUCCGGAUGUCAGAAGCAAGUACAACUUUGCUGUGCAAGUGCCAAAUCAACCACCAAGGCAGGCUCCACCACCACCGGCACAACAUGCAACAGUGCCACAUCACCUGUUACCACUUCCGCAUUAUAAAUCAACACCACAGUUGAAACACUUUGAAUUUCAAAACCAACAACAGCAGCCACAACACCAAUCACUUCGGGUGAAUACCAAUUUACCUCAAGGACAAAGUGGCUCCUUUUCUGCAGCAUCAACAUUAUCAUCCUCGUAUCCAUCAGCUACAUCAUCAGCAGUUUCAUCUGCUAGCACACAAAAUACAAAUGUAUUUGAUAGACCAAUCUUUAUGCAUAGUGGAAAUGGAAGUUCGCUUGCCAUUGGUGAAGGCAGUUGUAUACUGAGAUCAAGCACUCCGAUGAGUGAUAUUGAUACUGCAAUGGGAGCAAACAAAAGUCCCGGUAGUAUAUAUAUGGCAAUGGAGAGAAUGAAAACCUAA